AAUGCUACCAUAUUGUUUUGGAUGUAAGAAAAAGAUUAAUAAGCUGAAGCAAUGUGUUUGUUCACUUUGUCAUCAUAAAGUCCAUUGGGCUUGUUUAUCAGAUGGAUUAUGUUCUAUAUGUUCAAGUCUUGAUAAAAAAAAAAUCAGAAUUAUUCUGAGCAAAUGUGAUGAAAUUUUACAAGAUAAAUCUACCAAUAAAGUCUCAAAUGCUGAAAAUAUAGAUCUAAAUCAUACAAGAGAAGAGAUAGAUGUGCAAAAUAUAAUAAUGGAUGUUGAUCAUGAAGAAGUGGUUACCCUUAUUGAAACACUGAAUUGUGAUGCAGAGUACAGGCUUGUUGAUAAUCUUAGUGAAAGCAGCCCUCUGCAUGGAAAUACAUUACAUUUGAAUGAGAAUGAUAUCAAUAUGGAGGAGUCCUUUGAAAGUAUACCAGAGGUGAACUAUGACAGCAAUGAACAAAUUAUUGAAAUGAAAGUGACAGCAAAACAAAAAGGAAAGACUGGCACCAAUGUUAGUGGAAAACGAAUAGCUGAAAAUGUUCUGCUUCCUUUUGCAAAUAUGGGAAAUAUUGUACAAGUUGAAAAUUGCAAAGAAAUGAUAAAUUAUCAUAGAAGAAAAUAUCGUCCCAAUGAACCUAUUGGAAGAAACUUUCUUAUUAAUAAUUGCUUUAUUCCUGAUGAUUUCUUAAAGAAAGAUGUCCUUGAAAAUAAUGAAAGAGUGAUUAUUUUUUCCACUUCAAAACAACUUAGCUUACUUGCAGUGUCAAAAGUCUGGUACUUAGAUGGAACUUUCAAGAUUGUUAAGGACCCAUUUACACAGUUAUUUUCAUUUCACUCAUUCCUCAAAAAAGAAGGUGAAUUAAAACAGGUUCCUCUUCUAUAUGCAUUCAUGUCAUCAAAAAAGAAAAAAGCAUAUAAUCUGUUAUUCAAGUGCAUUAAUCAACUGCUACAAUAUAAGGAACCAAAAAAGAUAAUUAUGGAUUUUGAAAAAGCUAUUUGGAAAGCUGUGUUAAAUAAUUGGGAAAAUGUAAAUCUGUCAGGAUGGUUAUUCCAUUGGAAUCAAGCAGUUUAUAGAAAAAUUCAGGAGCUUGGUUAUUCUACAGACUUCAACAAAAAAAAAUGGACAAUGGUUUGA